AUGUCUUCAACUCUGCUCUCAACAACCGCCACCUUCGACAAGGGGCUCUCCCCGAGCUAUCAACCUUUCAAGGAGAAAUACAACCUGGAAUGCCUGGUGCAAGAUAUCAAACAGCAUUUGGGAGAGUCGGGCGGCAUCUCCUCCGAAGAGGUUGAUGAAUCAUAUCUGAUCUCGUUGGCGCGAAAAUACGUGUCCGAUCCAAGUGACUGGAUCGAAUAUUUCUACAACGAUACCAGCAAGAACUACACCCGGAACGCGAUCGAGAACAUCAAUCACAAGGCAAAUAUUCUUCUUCUUGUCUGGAAUCCUGGAAAGGGCUCCCCUAUCCAUGACCACGCCAAUGCCCACUGCAUUAUGAAAGUUCUUGCAGGACAACUACACGAGACUGUUUAUCAUGCCCCUGAACAAGAUUCAAAGGAAGCCAAACCUUUGACUAUCAAGUCUGCCAACACAUUCGGCAUGAACGAGGUGACAUAUAUCUCAGAUGAUAUUGGUCUUCACCGAGUUCACAAUCCCCACCCCACCCAGAUAGCUGUGUCAUUACACCUUUACACGCCGCCAAAUGCAGCUGACUACGGCUACAACAUUUUCAAUGAAGCUACUGGCUCAGCCAGCUAUGUAUCGCAAGCUCAUUCGGUUUCCAAGUAG